AUGGGCUUGAAGUGCGAGUAUCCCAAUGCUCCAACGAUUGUGCACCAAAACGAAUUCCUCAUGCACGCGAUCCUCGGAAUGGCAGCCUGCGAUCUCAUGAACGCGGACCCGAGCCUCCUAGCGUUCGCCAUGGCGCACCGCGUCAAGGCCAUAAAAGCCAUCAAAAAGUCUCUCGCCGAGCUGCCGAAGCAGCGGGGCACGACGCCGGAGCACGCCAACGCCCUGAUCGCGACGUGCUUCGCGCUCACGUUCCAGUCCGUGACGUUUGAGGACGGCAUGGCCGAGUACAUGACCUUUAUCCGGGGCAUCCUGAUCAUCGGCACGCAGAUGUACAUCAAGGGCAUCAAGCCCAUAUUUGUGAAUUUGAUGGGGCAGGAUUCGAGCGCGGUCCUGGAGCCCAAGAUGGUGGAUCUGCCGCUGAUUCGGACCGAGUGGGCGGACGGUGCUGUCGAGGCGAUUGGCGGGUUGAGGGGUCUCUGUCGGGAUGGGGUGGAGGUUGAGUAUUUCGAGCUUCUUUUGGAUAUGGCGACGAAGCUGCAUACUUCGUCUUGGAAGGCGUACCAAACACUUUCGAAGCACUACGGCUGGUGGAUCCAGCUUCCGCACGAAAAGUUCCAGCGCAUCAUCGACAUGACCUCGCAAACUAUGGUCCUCCUGGCCAGCCACUGGAUCGCGCUGAAGCAGAUCAUGGCUACGGUGACCAACGCCGAGCACGAGUGUCGCGAAAAGGCGCCGCCAAAGGAGAGCGCCGUGGAUUUGGGCAUCAUUCGGUGGCUGGGGCAUCUCAAUAGGCAGGUAGACCACGAGCAUUUGGUGUAUAAUCGGUGGCCUUUGUGGGUAGAGGAGCAGCUCAAGCAGGACCUGACCUUUUUUGGGAAGAAGUUUUGA